AUGGUGGUGGUUGGGCUGUCCCCACUCCUGCGUCACCUGCCGGAGGAGACAAACGGGGUGAACGGGGUGCCGGGGGAAAAGCUGCGCCUGGCCUGCCCCCAAGUCCCCACGGUCCACGGACCGUCGGACACGGCCAGGCUCGUCCAGUUCGGUCCCCAGGGACCCCCGACCCCCGCGGACAAGCCCCGGCUGGAGCAGGGAAACCCCGAUAACCGGAAAGCUGCUUCCUCCCUGCCUCCCCGCCAUUUACCGGGCGGGGUGCAGGGCAGGGUCCGCGGGACAUCCGUUUCCGGCAGCCCCCCGAGAGCGAGGGCGCUGCCAAUCCGCAGGACCCCCCCCUGCAGCCCCCCCCUCCCCGGUUACCGGGACACCGUGUGUCCUCCGUCCCCCGUCCCCGUACCUUUGCGCGGGCAGGAGCAGCGCGGCGGCCCCGCGACGCUGAGGGGAGCUGAUCGGGCGGCACCGCCCGCUUCCCGCCCCCCCGCUGCGCAUGCGCCAGAACAUGGCGCGCCGCCGGGUGACACGGCGCUGCCGCGCACGGUGUCCCGGGGCUGCGCUCCAGCCGGACACCGCGCCAUGGGCAUCCCGCUCCCACAGACAGCGCUGCUCCGUGCCCGCGCAGCCCGGCCCGACGCCCCGGGGCUGGGCACGGUUCCGCGCCCGCGCAGCGUGGUCGUGCUCCACCCGCUGCUCACACCGCACCCCCGGGCACCCACCCGCCCCAGGACAUCCCCGGGGCCCCGCAUGACCCCGGACCCAUCGCCCUCCCCUCUACCCGUCUUUCCCAUCCCCUCCUCUACCCUCCUUUCCCCGCCCGCCCCGCGCUUCCGCGGCCCACGCGCCUCCCGCCGUCCACACGCACCACCCCCCUUCCCCCCUCCCCUCACCCCCACUCCCCCAACCAAUGAGCGACCGGGGCGUCAGCGCGGGAGGGGCAGGGGCGGUACGCGCGGGGCCCGCCGGGAGGCCGGGUGA